UUAAGUUGUUUCAGACACUGUCCCUACUAGUUUUCAAAGUUUAUUGCAAUCUCCACACACGGGGGAGAGAGAGAGAGUACAGAGAGUGAGAGCGAUUGCCAGCAAGAGAGCAGGUAGGGAGUAUAGGGCAGGGAUCAUUCCAGAUUCAGCAACUGGCAGGCAGAACAUGCAGAAGGAAUUAAAUAUGAUGAAGAAUGAGAACAAUGUGGACAAUACACAGGCAUCUCCCUUGUCACGCUGCCUGCAGCCACUAGGGCCUGUUGAAAAGCCUCACAGAACUGUACCACUCAAUGAAGAGUUUGAACCACAACUUGCACAGUUUCAGUAUGGUCCUUCCCUAGGGGAUAUAGAAACCUUCCAUGGAUCCUUGGAAGGAGGGUCCCGAAAACGCAAAAGCAUGCCCACAAAAAUGCCUCCUACUGUCACACCAGAAGAUCCCACCUCACCAUCACACAGAUCUGAAGACAACAAUAGUCUUCCUUUGAUGUUUCAACAAUCCUCACAGCCCAAGUACAGCUCCCAAAUGAUAGACUUGUGUAACCUAGGCUUUCAGUUCUACAGGACUCUGGAGCAUUUUGCAGCAAAGCCCAUUAAACAAGAAUCAAUAAAGCCUAGUAUGAUGUGGCCUAACACACCUGCUUUUGUGCAGUCUCCUUACUCUUAUUAUCCAAAAGUUCAUCCUGGCCUGAUGUUUCCUUUUAUUGUCCCCUCAAAUUUUCAUAUCAGGAAUCCCUUUCAAAUGAAAAGUCCACCAGAGCCAUCAUUCAGGAGGACUGAAGCAAGGGAAAAUGGUGAAAACAAACAAAAGGUGGAAAGAGUAGACGUCAAUCUCCAAAUUGAUGACAGCUAUUAUGUGGAUGUUGGGGGUGAACAGAAACGCUGGCAGUGCCCGAUGUGUGAGAAGUCCUACACAUCCAAGUAUAAUCUUGUCACCCAUAUUUUGGGACACAGUGGUAUCAAACCUCAUGCUUGCUCUCGGUGUGGCAAGCUUUUCAAGCAGCUGAGUCACUUGCACACACAUAUGUUAACACAUCAGGGCACUAGACCACAUAAAUGUCAGGUGUGUCACAAAGCUUUCACCCAAACCAGUCAUCUUAAAAGACAUAUGAUGCAACAUAGUGACAUCAAACCCUACAACUGUAGAAUAUGUGGCAGAGGUUUUGCCUACCCAAGUGAGCUGAAAGCACACGAAUCCAAGCAUGAGAGUGGCAGAGAGAAUAUUUGUGUGGAGUGCGGUCUAGACUUUCCAACUCUUGCUCAACUGAAGAGACAUUUAACAACCCAUCGUGGUCCUAUACAGUACAAUUGCACAGAAUGUGAUAAAACUUUUCAAUAUCCAAGCCAGCUGCAAAAUCACAUGAUGAAGCACAAAGACAUCCGUCCAUACAUCUGCACAGAAUGUGGCAUGGAGUUUGUGCAGCCCCACCAUCUUAAACAACACUCUUUGACCCAUAAGGGUGUAAAGGAGCACAAAUGUGGUAUCUGUGGUCGGGAGUUUACCCUGCUGGCCAACAUGAAGAGGCAUGUGCUGAUCCACACCAAUAUCAGAGCCUAUCAGUGUCACCUUUGCUUCAAGAGCUUUGUGCAGAAACAGACUCUCAAGGCACACAUGAUUGUUCACUCUGAUGUCAAACCCUUUAAAUGCAAGCUUUGUGGAAAGGAAUUUAACAGAAUGCACAAUUUAAUGGGACACAUGCACUUACACUCAGACAGCAAACCUUUCAAGUGUCUCUAUUGUCCCAGCAAAUUCACCUUGAAGGGAAAUCUCACCAGGCACAUGAAAGUCAAACAUGGGGUCAUGGAAAGAGGAUUUCAUUCUCAAGGUUUUGGAAGAGGAAGAAUUACACUGUCCCAAGCAAGUGUCUUGAGAAGCUUGGAACAGGAAGAGCCUUUCGAUCUUUCCCAGAAAAGCCAAGGGAAAGGAAUUUCUUUUCAUUCUGAUGGUGAGAGUGCCAAGGGAAGCUCAUGUCAGGAGGAGGAAGAAGACAACUGCUACGAAGCAGAGCAGUACAGUCCUGGCAUGUACCAUGACGACAACAGCAAGCUGUAUACACCUCAAGAUCUGUCUGGCAAACCAGAAUGUAUAAUGAAAGAUUUCAGGGAGUCUUACUGUGAUGAGAAGGAGGAAAUACUGAGCGAGGGAGGAGUGGAAAAGAAGAAAGGAAAUCCAGACAGAGAAGAAAACCAAGGAAAGAGAAACUUUUCAAACAACAAAGAAUGCAUGAGCUUUAAACCCUUUGAAAAGACCAGAUUCAGUCAUUCUCUGUCUGAUUAUCUUUACUUCAAACACAGAAACAAGAGUUUAAAAGAACUACUGGAAAGGAAAAUGGAAAAACAAGCAAUGUUUAUAAGCAUCUAAAUGGGCCACUUAAGUUAUAACUGGAAACAGGAAGUAGGCAGCUCAAAUAUUAUAGUUUUAACAUGAACUUUACCAAAGAGUGACAGUUUGUAAUGGUCUUUGAGGAUCAACCAGAUCAAAUCAAUACAGAUAAUUUGAGGUAAACAUGUAGAUAACCUGUUGCAUUUCUUUGUGUCAUUGGACUGCUUUAUUUUUCUAAGGUAAACUAACAUUUUUAUACAUAUCGUUUAAUGUAUCAGCAGACCAUAAGGUGGGUACAGAGGUUUUAUUUUCCUUUGUCUAGGACAAUAGAGAAUAUUCCAGUUACCAAAACACAAUGUACUGUAGUGUUUGAUGUAUUAUAUGUCUAAGGAACAUGUAAAAACACUUAUUACUGUAGAUGUCACAAGAUCAGAAGAUAAUAAGUAUUUUUUAAAUAUAUGCAAAAGUAUUGCUAAAUAUGUAUGCAUGAAAAUACUGCCUGCCAUGCAAUCUCAGAACUAACACCAAGAAGUUUUGAGUUACUGAAAAUGACUACUUUAAUAUAGCUGUUUGCAGUGGGGAAUGGGAAACAAUAUAAAAGGAAACUUGAAUGUCUUGUCAGAUGGAGAAUAACAGCUUUAUAAAGCACAGCCCAGUUAAAGUCCUGGGAUUGCUUCAGGUAACACAAGCUUUUAUGACACGCGGGAUCUUGAUGCUUUUCUGCACUUCUGUCAAUAUGGGAGAACUUAUCAAUUCUUCAAAUGAAAGUGCUUGGACUGAGCUGACAUUUUAUGUCAUUGUUCAUGCAGACCAGUACACUUGAGCAGCAGCACACAUUACAUUUGCUAUAAUUGUGCAUAAACAAUAAGAGUGAGAGAGAAUUCAUUUCAUUGAGGGAAUGAUGAUUAAAUUGUGGUCAGUUGUCUAUGAGCUUGAGCUGGAAGGGCAGUGAUAAUUUGAAAUUCAAUAUACAACUGGUUUUGUUUUAGUAGAAUCAGUGUCAAACAAAACAGCCCUCCCUGCACCAGAACACCCCAUAGAAAGUAAUGACAACUUCCUGUAGUUUAAAUCACCUUCUAUUGGACUCACAAAUUGUUUCUCAUUAAUGCAAGUGACCUAUAGGAUCCAAUCUUUACACAUAAUUAAUAGAAAAUAGAGUUUCACUCAUGCUGUUCUUUAUGAGUCAGUCUCUCAAAUUUUCAUCCUCUGACUCACAUCUUAUUUUAUGUUACUGGGCAGGGAGCAUUUAUUUUUAAUUAGUGCCAUUACGUUGUCAUUGAGUAUUUAUGUGGAACACUUAGAACUACUGGUCCUUUUCUCUGCCCACUAGAAACAAGUUGUUCAAAGCACAUUCCUUCCAACAUAUAAUUUGUUUGACCACUGCCCGGAUUCCUGCAUCUUCAAGAUUUAUAACAAACAGCCCCAGGCUACAUUGUUACUUAAAAGGGAAGUGAUAAAGUCUUAAUACCUGGUUGAUUAAUUUCUUGUGUCAUUUUAAGAUCCUGAAUUGAUAAGUAAACAUGUGCUAAGAUUUUAUUUACAGGUACAUAAUAUAUUGAAAACAAUUUCAUUUUUUAUGUACCUGACACAUCCUUAAUUUUGAACUCUGUGCACCAUGCAAUAAAGGAGGUCUACAGCAUAGGAAUUUGAUAUGAUACACACUUAUUUUAUAUAAAUCAUAUAUUUAUGUGUUGUUAGGUUUAGAGACCUGUUACUUCUGCUUCAAAAUCUCAGCCAUCUACCACUCAGGAAAAUCCCCCUUGGGUUACAUAAGUCAUGGUUCUCGUACCCUUUCUCUGAGCAUGCUAUUACAUGGCAAUAUCACCCAUUUGUAGGCACAUGCAGACAAUCUGCAGCAGGAAGUGUGCGGUGGUGUCUGUUCACCUUCCAAACAGGGGACACAACAUGAAACACAGACCCUGAAUAAGUGGCACAAAAAUAUGGCUCUUACAGGACACUUAAGGAGAUGGGGUUUAUUUCUAGUGGCAUUUUUAGAAUAAAUGCCAGGUUACACUGCAUUUGUUUGAACUGUAGGUAAUUUUAGGACUAUAAUGUAUGACAUUCCUCAAAAUGAGGUAUGUUUGAAAGGCAUGAGGUAUGGCAUUUUAUGGUAGGUCCAGGCCAUUUUGUCAAAUGCAUUUAGUUUCUGCAUUAUUUCCAACAAGAGACUACCCAUCCCAGUAGUUGUAUUAUAAAACAGACCUUGU